AUGUUGACCAGGUCCCAGUCACGCGGCAAGCAGCAAGAGGCGACCGAGGCAUGGGAGAUUUUGGAGGCAAGCACAAUUUUGAUGUCCAUGGCAUCAAGUGUCAUCGACGAGGGGCAUCAACCCGUUGACAAACUUCCAUCUCCCAACAUUGCCGUCUUCGCACCUGCCCAGGGACAAGCAGGAAGAAGCCCGCUGAUCAAGCGCCGGCGCGAUCACCUUCGCGUCAAGCUGGCAGCAUCACUUUCGGCCGAUCAACUCGUAUUCAUACGCGAGGUGGCAACGGACCUCAUCAGGGAGUCCAGAAACGCGAGCGACUUGCUCGAACUUAAGAGAGAGGCGAUCACCCAUGGUAGCGCCCUUGACAUGUGCUGUCCCAAGAUUUUCGAGGAUGAGUUCACGGUGAAAAAGAUGAUCCUCUCUUUUGAGGUUGUCGACCUGGUGGACGAGGAGCUUCGCGCGCUGGGAUUGUCUCGUUUCUGCGGGUACCUCUGGAUUUUUACCUAG